GUGAUUGGUUGAAGUACUUCCUUUUUCCCGUCGUCCAUACAUACACGUGAAGGUCAGCAAUAGAGCCAUAAAGAAUUCAUAAUUAGGAAUAUAUUACUUUUAGGACCUCUUUUUAGCGAACUAUGGACGGCCAGGGAGCGACCGCAGACCCUCAGCUUCAGCACUUCAUCGAAAUCGAGUCUCAAAAACAAAGAUUUCAGCAGCUGGUGCAUCAAAUGACUGAGGUUUGCUGGAAAUGUAUGGACAAACCCGGGCCAAAGCUGGACUCAAGGACAGAAGUGUGCUUCGUUAACUGCGUGGAGCGAUUUAUCGACACCAGCCAGUUCAUCCUAAACAGACUGGAACAGACUCAGAGGAGCAGGGGCGGCUUCUCCGAGGCCAUAUCGGACUAAAAACGACUCACUGAAAAGACACAUGGCACGCAGGCAGUUCCUGCUCUGUGACGAGGCUGUUUGGAAAUGCAGAACUGUCUCUUCAACUGGAAAAAGUGUUACUUUUCAUAUAAGUGCCUAAGGUUAACACCAUGGAUGGACUCAUGCAGAAGUCAAGGGUUUUAUUUGUCCUCCAUUAAGCAGAAUAUGAGUGUUACAAAGUGUUAAGAUUCUGGUCUGUUGUCAAGUCAGUCCACUGAUCAAACUGAACUGCGUUAAUAUCCACUGAUGUAACUAGUGGGUUUGCAAGUGUGGGAGACAGCAGAAAGACGGAUGCAUCUGGGACAUUCAGCUUGCCAGCUGUUUUUGACAGCCACAAGGACCACGGCACACUCUGCUGUAAUGUAAGAGAACCAGUGCCCAUGACUGAAGAGGCGUGAGGUUCAGGACUGUACAUAUGCAAUAAACAAAAUGCCAGAUAA